GCUCAUACUCGCACCGGAACCAGUGUGACGUAACUACAAUCCCAAAGAUGGCGGCGUUAACUGCGCCUCGCCUGGCCAUGUUUGGCUGCUUUUCAACAAGGCCCAUUUCAGUGUUUGCUGUUCAUCAGAGAAGUCUGCACAACAGUGCAAAAAGCGAGAGCACCACCACAAGUGUGGUUCCGGUCAGAGAGAAGAGCACGGCAGUGGCAGCAGCCAAACCAGCAGCUGUAGCCAGCAGCAAGGGGGAGUAUGUUGUUGCCAGGCUGGACGACUUGAUUAACUGGGCACGCAGGAGCUCUCUCUGGCCCAUGACCUUUGGCCUGGCGUGCUGUGCGGUGGAGAUGAUGCACAUGGCGGCGCCUCGUUACGACAUGGACCGCUUCGGAGUGGUGUUCAGAGCAAGUCCCCGACAGGCUGACGUCAUGAUCGUGGCAGGAACAUUGACCAAUAAGAUGGCUCCGGCUCUGCGAAAGGUGUACGACCAGAUGCCUGAGCCCAGAUACGUCAUUUCCAUGGGAAGCUGUGCUAACGGAGGAGGCUACUACCACUACUCCUAUGCUGUCGUCAGAGGUUGUGACCGAAUCGUACCGGUGGACAUUUAUGUUCCAGGUUGUCCCCCCACCGCAGAGGCUCUCCUCUACGGGACUUUACAGCUGCAGAAGAAAAUCAAACGAGAGAAGAAGGUUAAGAUCUGGUAUCGAAAGUGAUAGCGUUAUAUGUGUGUUUGUAUCUGGUAUGUAAAUGUUGUAUUUCUGGCUUCAUUUGGAGCGCCGCUCCUCCUCCAUGUAGAGCCGCAGGAACUAACAUCAAUAAAGUCAUUACUGUAAUUUACACACAGUGCACUGCCGCUUAUUUUCCACCAAACACAGCAGCGGUCACUCAGUUCAGUUAGUCUGCUUCUUUAGUUCAGUAUUAAUAUCCGGGGACUUUCUGUAAAGGUUUGCGCUUGUGUCAGAAUUUAAAUUAUAAUUCAUCUUUAUUCAGGUUGUCAUAUGUGUAAGUUUUCAGUCAUGACCAUAAGGUGAGAUAAGUCAUCCUGUUUUAUCUUAAAUAUUAUUUUAAAUAAACUGGGCUCACAUGAAAACACAGUA